ACAGACAUUUGAAAGCACAGCUGUUUAUCAUCCAACUCUAUUAAUUUGCUCUCUCUUUUUUUUCAGUUUGCUGGGCUUUCUUUGCAUAACAUCAAUGUCUGAAGAAGUUACUUAUGCAGAUCUAAAAUUCCAGGACUCCAAUCAGACAGAAAAUAUUCAGAAGUUUGACAAAUCUGAGAAAAAAGAACCGCCUGUUCCUUCGCACAUAUGGCGUCAAAGAGCCUUGGCUGUGACUCUCUUGUGCCUUCUGCUGCUGACUGCCCUGGGAGUCUUAGGCGGCAUGUUUUACAUAACUUUGAAGACAGGCAUGGAAAAAUUGAAUAAGCUACAAAAUGUCAAAGAAGAACUUCAAAGAAAUGUGUCUCUACAACUCAUGCAGAACACAAAUAGUUCCCAGAAAAUCAGGAACCUUUCUAUCAAACUUGAAGAAAUAGCCACCAAAUUAUGUCGUGAGUUAUAUAUAAAACACAGAGAGCACAAAUGUAAACCUUGUCCAGAGGAGUGGAUGUGGCAUGACGACAGCUGCUACCUAAAACAAAACAUGGCAAAAACGUGGCAGAAGAGUGAUGAGAUUUGUUCUGGCUACAAUGCCAGCCUGUUGACGAUUAAAAGCAAAAGUGUGGUGGAAUUUAUAAAAUCUUUGCAGUUAUAUAACUAUUGGUUGGGAUUAUCUCCCAGGAAAGAUAACACAAAAUACGGGACCUUGGAUACAAUUAUCCCCCUCGACUGGUUUACAAGAAAUACAAGUGUCCUAAAUGAUAAGAUGUAUUGUGGAUACAUAUAUUAUGAAUCCUUUUCUUAUGUUAAGUGCACUAAUACUAAAAAUAUUAUAUGUGAGAAGCCUGCCCAAUCAGUGAAGAUUGAGAGUAUGCUAAUGAGUGCAGUACUGGAUGGAAAAAAGUAGUUAGUGCAAUCAGUUUGUCCCAAGUAUUAUCCUUCAGUUAAAGGACACUUUGGGGACCAUACAUCUUGUUGACCACACCAAUAGAAUAAAGAUGCAGUAAGACUACAUUUCUGCCUCCCUCCUAACAAUUUACAUUUUCAAACUUUCUUCUUCCUCUUCAUUUGCUGAGUGAAUGGAGCCUAAUGUCACAGUUAUACUUUAUGACUCAGUCCAUUCACUCAGUCCAGAUACUGCUGAACAUAAAUACAGUAUUUUGGGUGAGAAAAAAGAAAACUGAUGGAGGAAAUGGCAACCCACUCCAGUAUUCUUGCCUGGAUAAUUCCAAUGGACAGAGGAGCCUGGUGGGCUGCAAUCCAUGGGGUCACAAAAAGCCAGACAUGACUGAGCACACACAGAAAACAGAAGCUACUUUUUCUUGCUUCUCCAGAAAUAAGGUAAAUAUCAACUUUACAGAAAAUCAAAGAAAAUUAAAUCUUGGAAUAUACAGAGAAGAUAAUACCAUCACGACCAAUUAGGACAAUACAGGUUUGAUUUACUUACUUUUUGGGGGAAAAAAAAAAUAAAAGAGAGUGCCAUUUCAAUAGAUAUAGAAAAAAUGUUAGAUAAAGUUCAACACCAAAAUCUCUUAGAAAACUAGAAGCAGAAGAUAUCUCUAAUCUGAUAAAGAAAGUUAACAUUAAAAAGAAAAAAGAAAAAAAAAAACUAACAAAAGCGGCAACAGAAACCCCUAAGCGUAACAUAUUUCUAGUAAAAGAGUGAAAGUUUUUCUUUUGAACCCUGGAAGAAUAUAAAAAUUAUCAUUAUCAGUUAUUUUAUUCAACAACCUUUACUGUCUAUUGGAGGUCCUAAAAGUGAAAAAAGCAAGAAAGAGAUUAAAAGUAUAAAAAAAUGAGACAGAAAUAAGAUUUUAUUUGUAGAUAAUUUAAUUAUUUACAUAAAACCAAUAUAAUUUAUAAACUAUUAAUUUAUCAAGCUCAGUGAUAAAUUAUAUAUAGUAUAUUCUCAAUAUAUGCACAUCAAUCAUAUUUCUAUGUAUUGGUAAUAAGUAGUGCAAAAUAAAAUUUACAACAGUAAUACCAUUAACAAUAGCAUCCAAAAACAUAAUAACAAAUAAAUAUAAAGAUUAAAAUGUGGAAAAUCUCUACAUGUAAAUAUUAUAUGCAGUGUGAUCCUAAUACCUCACCUAAAAUUACAUCUCCUUCUAAAGAUCUGUAAAUCCAGCAACUGGUAAUAACAGCAUAACAAGGGCCAGGACUCCACAGUCCUGCCUCAAAGAAAACUAUAAGCUGUUUGCUGCCAAAUUAGCUAAUAUAUACCCAUUCCACAAUGGAAAGAGCUUGGCAGGAGUAGAUGCAUAUUUGGAUAUAGAAUUCUUGUCCUGUCCAUAGGGUUCAUCCAGAACCAAUAUCCACAAACUGGAAUAGGACCUUACAUAACAUCAUGUGUCUGAUGCUCUCUAGCAUUCAGAUAAGGGAGUAGAGGAUUGACCAUGGGAUCGACUAGUUACAUAAAAACAGAAUCAACACACAGCUGCAAAUCAGACAGAGCAAUGGAAGGCUAAAAGUCCUUUGAAAGCACAGUUGGAGAUCCAUCUCAAGAGUUAACACUACAACAUGAUGCCAUCUUCCAAGUUAUAGUGUAUUCUUUAAACCAAUAACCUUUAUAUGGUGCUGUGUCCUCAACAGAUAGAAUACAUGGAUCUGGAAACCAAAGGGAGAGGCAGGAGUGACCCUUCUUACCAUCAUUUCCAGUAACCAACUUGGGAGAUGCAUGCCUUCUGUCAGAGUAACUCUGGGUUUAAGAAAAUCUUGUCUGUAAAGAACAAAAGCUUCCACCGGGGGGCACAACAUCUCUUUAGAUGAAUUGGGAUGAGCUAUUUACUCUGACCAACAGAAGAGGGGGCUGUUUUUACACCAUAGGGGGACAGGAAGAAAGACAUCCAGUUAUGCCACUUGAGGACAUCUUUAUAAUGUAUCCUCUAUUUUGAUGGUAUAAAGGCAAAUCCUGCAGUCUCAGCUUGAGAAUGGUAUGAUGGGCUCAAACCCCUGGUAGAUGAAGGUGACUAAGAUCAGCAGACGUGUGGAAAGUGAGAAUAGCCAAGUCCCUUUGCUGUUCACUUGAAACUAUCAUAGCAUUGUUAAUCAGCUACAGUCCAAUAUAAAAUAAAAGGUUGAAAAUAGCUUUUAAAAACAGGACAAUGAAUGUCAGUUGUGACUCUGAGCUCAGCUGCAGGGUCGGGGCCUAGAAUUAAUGCCACACACCUUCCACUUACAAGUUUAUUCCAAGAGAAGAGACAUACCUUUAACCUGGACUUGUUUCACUUCCAUGAAGAAAUACAUCUAGGCUGAAGAAAGUUAAACUGUACUGGACGCUGUUAUGUGAUAUACAGAUUCCUCUUCAGGACUGAAGGGUUUAUUCUCCUGGUUGCUGGGAGAGCUAUCAACAUCCAACUAUCAAGUGUGAGCCCUUGCCUCUGUUGAAGGGAAUGAACUCAAUCAAGGUUAUGUUCCCUUCCCAGGGCAGGUCGUUUCUGCGAUGUGGGGAUAUGAAGGCCUGAAUGCCUUGGCCUAACUGGGGAAAACUCAGAAGGUCUAUUCCAGCUUCAGAGCUCCAACUUCCCUUUCCCCAGUUCUGCUUCCUUCUGUUCUUUUCCACAAGUGGACACACCAAGGAUAUCCCUGAUAAACCUCCAUCAUACUAAUCUUGACUUCAGAAUCUGCUUCCCUGGAAAUCAAGACUGCAGGGGUUGCUGACAAAAUUAAAGAAAACCUCAAUAAGUGGAGCGAUAACUACUUACUUGGAUUAGAAACGUUCAUAAUUGGGGGAUGUCAACUUUCCCAAAUUUGCCUCUAGAUUCAAUACAAUCCCUGAAUUUUUCAGAGGGAUUUUUUUUUAAGUGAUGUGUUAAUAGUAAGAUUAAUACAGAAAUGCAUAAGAUUUAGAAUAGCCAACAUAAUAUUGAAAAAGAAUAAUAUUUGCAGAAAUUAUAGUCUUCAAUAACAAGACUUACUCUAAGGCCACAAUAAUAAAAACAGUUUUGACUUGAUUCCAGGAUAGGUAUACAUCCACAAGCCCAGAUCAAGAGUCCAAGAAGAGAGGAUAUGGAAUGAGGUGGUCAGAAAGUAAAAACUUCCAGUUAAACAAUAUAGUUAUUGUCCUGGGGAUCUAAUGUACAACACAAUGGCUAUAGUUAAUACUGCUGUGUGGUACAAUUGAAAGUUGCUAAUAGAGCAAAUUCCGAGAGUUCUCAUCACAAGAAAUUGUUUUCCUUUUUUCAUAUCUAUAUGAGAUGAUGGAUAACUAAAUUUAUUGCAGUAAGCAUUUCAUAAUAUAUGUAAGUCAAAUCAUUAUACUGUAUACCUUAAGCUUCCACAAUGCCAUGUGUCAAUUAUAUCCUAAUAAAAUUGGGGAAAAAAGA